CUCUCCCCCCUCUCUCGUCAAUCAUCAUGGAACGAGUACAAAGGUCAUUCUCCACCCAUUUACCGCAGGGGGGCAGGCUGGGGGCCUGAUUUUAACCGGAACCCCUCGUGCCCAGAACCCCGCACCAUAUUUGAUGGAAGCCUCGAUGAAGUUGCGAAACUUCUGCACAAAAUGGGCUCGAGGCAAUUGAGAGGGACAUGGACCAGAACUAACAAUGCACUCCAAACAAUCUUCCACUUUCUGUAGUAUAUAUAAAUAUACACAAUCCAAUCCUCGCAUAUUAUAUACACAUUUUAAAGCACAAUCUGUACACAAUCUAUUUAGCCUUCAUAAUCCUGCCAUAGCAUUAUGCCAGAGCUGUUGUUUUUACUUUUCAACACUUAUUUCUUUUACCAUCCAUUUUUACUUCAUGGGUGUUGUUUUUAUACAGUCACUGGUGUUGUAUAUGGCAGUAUAGUCUAAAACAUUAUGCGCAUGCGCAGUAAGCACGGUGCUGACCUUUCAACUUUUUAUUGCCGAUUCAGCACAACAACAAACAACAAAAGUGAAGACCACAGGAGUUGAAUGUCAACCAAGCGCAAGCCAAUUAAGCUGUCUCUUCCGGCCACCAAACUAUCGAGAUAGGACCUACUCAACGGGCAACGAAGACAUGAGUACCGUCAAUGGUGAAGCUGAGGGUGAAGAAUUGGGGUCGGCCCCUUCAAUUACAGAGCUAAUGAGGGCGAGGCUCCGGCCACGAGGUAGGGCGGGGCAACACCUGGUACCUGUCAUCAAGAAAAUAAGAACAAGUCGCAGAAGAGGGGUGGCUACGAGUGACAAGAGGCAGGUGAGAGCGAAGGAGGAGGACAAGAAAGAAGCGAAACAAAUGAAAGAUGAAGCGAGUGCUAAAGAAAAGACAGAGGGUGGUGAAGGGGAUAACGAGCAAGUCCACAUCCCCACACUCAAGAGGACGGAUUCGUCGUACCUAAUCACAGCUGCCACUAAAGACUGUAGUAAUGACUGCAGCGAUUGGGAUCAAGAAAUUGCCAGACCUCUAGAAACAGAAUACCCGAAACCCUCAUCAAACUAUCAGAAAACCCAGCGGAGACUUGCCCGGCAGAAGCAGCUGGAUGACAUGCGCGCCAGAGAGGCUGCUCUGGCACGAUCAGAGAGACUCAAGAGGAGGCGGGGCUUGUUGUUAGCCGCACCCCCCUCUAAGAAAUCACGUGAACGUAGAGUUAUGUGGAAAGAGGAGAGUAGUUUAGUGGAGGUUUUUCAGUACUCUUCAUGUCCCUCCUCUCGAGGUAGCACACUAGAACCAGAGGAGCUGGAUUAGAAUCUCUCUCUCUCUCUCGUUAUUUUUUAAUGACCUUGUUUCUGUAGUGACGAGUGUUCGUCUCAUUUUUUACACUCUUUCAGUGCAUUUUUGCCCACCACGAAAGUAGUUGAGCAAAGUUCUCAGUUAUAUACUGGGG